AUGAAUCGAGCUGUAGUUUGCUACUCGUUUCUCCCGGUGAAUUUAGGGUCUUUGGCUGCAUUUAGUGGGGGUUUUAGUCGGUGCGAGUCCGAUAUAACCCGCUCUUGCCCCCCCCCGAGGGCGGGUAUGCGUACGCAUUACCCCCACGUAAACAAAAAAAAGGAAUUUGCGGAGUGCAGCGUAACGGACGCUAUCUUCGUGUCGUCGUCGUUCAUCAGCUACGUUAUUCCCUUCGGAACAGGCAGACGGACCCUGGCAGAGGACUGGCACAGGGGA